AAGUAAUCAGGCCGCUUCGCAUCGCAUUUAUUGACCAAACACCCUAUAUCAUGUUGCAUCUUCCAUAGCAACAAUCUACGUUCGCACAAACAUAUUUUAUUUUGCCUUCUACUUCAGUCAUUUUUGAACGAUACAUUCAACAUCUUUUCCUUAGAUUGAUCAUCUUCAUUGCAGCCAAUAAGGAGGACCAUGAAAAGGGGGAAGGAAACUAAUCACAAAUCGGUGUCCAGAAAAGAUAAAUCUAUUUCUAAAUUAUCCACCAAACUGAUCGCUGGCAGUAACGACAGAAAUAAGCUUUUAGCAAGUAGCGACAAGGACAGAUCAUCGGUCAAAAAUUUAUGUAUUGCCAGCGAACGAACAGAAAAUUUGAAAAGAUCAUCACAAAAUGAGGUUCGUCAGACCGAAGAUAAAACUGGAAAGGCUGACAGCCAUCCACCAUCUGUAGAUUUUAAUAAGUGUACUUCAUCCAAGUCAGAAGAGAAGGGUCGACCUUCGAUAGACCAGCGGUGUUCCGAUAAUAAUGCAGCGCAAUUAAGUCAUAAACAAAAAUUGCUUGACGAUUUAAUCAUACGGGAGGGAAGUAUCGAGAAAAUACUGAAGAUUAAAAAACCUUCCAAGACCGUUUACGAUGUGGACCGAAUGUCCCCUGACCAGAUUCGAGAAUCUCUUUGCCAAGUCGAUGCUAGAACAACUAAGGCAUUUAGUUUUCUCGCGGACAUCCAAAGCGAUAAUGAAGAGGAGGACAGAGUCAAACCAACACGAAUUUCUAAGGAUCAUGAAUUGAGUCCAACCGACAUUGAUUUACAACUGUCGUCAUUAGUAAAGCGCGUCGAACUGAACCGAGCAUUGUUAGAAAAAACCAACCAGCGGAUCAAAGAGAUAAAUUUUUUAGCCGAAAGGAACAAAAUGAUUUCUAUCAGGGACAUGAACUAUGACGAAGAAUCUUUUUUGAAACUGAAAGAAGCUGGUGACAUUGAAAAGCCCGUUCCAGCCGCAGGAACGGCAACCGUUUUUCACCCAGCAAUUGAGGAGCUUAAAAAAACAAUGAAUGCAACCGUCCAAAUGUUGGGAUAUGUUAACAAAAUGUCCAGCGGAGAUUUAAUGGCAUCAGAUUUAGAAGUUCCUCCGGAGUUGACGGAAUAUUUGAGAGCAUCUGCGGUUAUGCCGGAAAAACAUUUGUAAAUCGGAAAUCAUAUUCAAAUGUGCGUAAUAAAUUAGUUGGAGAAAAAUUUCUGCAGCCAUUACUGUUUUUUCAUAUAUUUUAUUUGCUUCAGCACAUUUUUCAUAUACAUAUUAUAUAUCAUAUAUGAUUUUAUAGAUUUACAUUGAAUUUUUGGUACAUAUCGUAUUCAUGUGAUUACACAGAUAUAUGUAUGUAUAUAUAAUUUGUUUAGAUUACAAUAGUUUGAGUUAUCAUUAUUAUAACU